ACUAUAAAUUAACAUCAUUAUGACUGUUGCGAUAACUUUGGAAAUAGGUGUAUAUAUUGGAAUUGCUGUUAUAGCUCAUAUUUUAGUGUAUUUGUUUGUUACUCGUAAACGUGCCAAGAGUAUAGUGGGUAAACAUGUUGUCAUAACAGGAGGCAGCAGAGGAAUCGGUUUAUGUUUAGCCGUGGAAUGCGCCCUAAAGGGAGCUAAUGUUACAGUGAUAGCACGCGAUGAAAAAAUGUUAAAGGGAGCUGUGGCUCUUAUGGAAGUUAUACGCCAAAGACCAGAUCAAAAAUUCCAAUAUCGUUGCUUGGACUUGUCAUCUAGUUAUGACAACGUUGCUAGGUGUUUUGCAGAUAUCGAAGAGGAAUUUGAUAAUAUUUAUAUGUUAAUAAAUUGUGCCGGCUUAGCAAUAUGUGGUGUUUUCGAAGAAGUAUCCGUGGCGGAUGCACGCAAACUAAUGGAUGUUAACUAUUGGGGUACAUACAAUUGUACACGUUAUGUUUUACAAAAAAUGAAAAAAAGUGGUGAGGGUAUUAUUGUGGUGACUGCAUCACAGGCGGCCUUAUUUGGUAUUUAUGGCUAUGGGCCAUAUGCUGCUUCCAAAUAUGCUUUGCGUGGUAUGGCCGAAACAAUUGCCAUGGAGUCAAAACAUUUAGGCGUUACUGUCACUUUGGCACUGCCAGCUGAUACCAAUACGCCGGGCUUUGAGAAUGAGGAAAAGACCAAGCCGAAAGAAACAAAAAUUAUCUCGGGUAGCGGUGGCUUAGCGCAGCCAGAUCAUGUUGCAAAACAGAUACUUAAUGAUGCUUUGAAAGGCAAUUUUAUAUCCAUAUUGGGUGCUGAAUCAUGGUUACUCACUCUCCUCGGCGGUGGACUUUUCCGUUGGGGUGGAUUUUUUCAAAAUAUAUUCCAUGCUCUGUUCUUGGGCCCUCUGCGUAUAAUUGGCUGUUUAUUACAUCUACACUUUGAGCGUAUUAUUAAAAAUUGUGCCAAGGAAAAAACUGAAUAAUGACUUUAAAAACAGUCAAGCCUAAACAGAUAGUUUAAAUUAUAAUUCCAUUUAACUUAUUGUAAUUUUAAAUAACAUCAACAAUUAUAUUUUUAAAUACUUAAAAAAAUGUUUAAAUAAUAGAGUUAUAAGAACAUUUCAUAGUAAAAUUCUUACUUCAUCACUUUAUUAUUUUGGAUUUUUAUUUACCAAAAAGCACAAAAACAUUAAAUUAUUUUCGUAGCCAAAGAGCUUUUUUAUAUUUAUAUGUACCUACAGACAUCAUUAAUGUAAACAAAUUUUUAAUAAAGUAUUUUUGUUUUAA